AUGGGUCGCAAGCCCAACCAACUCAUCCUCGAGUUCUUCCACCGAGGUCCCAAGUUGGAAGACGCGAGCAAUCGGUACCAACAUACAUGCAAAGCCUGCGGGGAGAUCUUCCCCAAGGGUCGCAUUGACAGCCUCACCAACCAUCUUGUAAAAAAAUGCCAGGCCAUCCCUCUCCGCGACCGUCAACGCGUGUUGUUGCGACUCCACGAACUCCCGGACCUCACCGACGGCGACUCGAACAAGGAUUCACCAUCUGGUAAACAAGGAAAGUCAGGUGAAGGCGGUUUUCCCAACCGACCCAACUUCGAUGGUCUCAAUGUGCUUGCCGAAGCGUCGCGACAAGUUGGCGCCUCGGAUGUCAACAAACGUGGCCCCGGAUACACUCAGUCUGUGACUGCUGGAGGGAAGACAGUCAUUGUUGACCCUGCGCUGGAGGCUGAGGGCUUCCAGGGACAAUCGCAAGGAUCUGAUGGCAAGAUCGAAGGCACCGGAAAUGCUGAAGGAACUCCUCAAUCGUCCAACGCUCCUAGUAUUCCUGCCCUUCCGAGCCACACCCCUGGUGAACACCCCGCUUCCAUGUCUCCGCCCCUAGGCGAUGCCUCCAUGUCGCCUGAGUCGACCUCCAACGCGCGUCAGUCGCAACUGUCGAUGAUCGCCGCUUCUGCCAACGAGAUGGUUCCCCAGGGACUGUCGAUUGAUGGCGAUAACAUUAGCUCUGAUGGUUUAAAGCUUGGCCAGUGGGGUGGACAGUUGUCAACACACGAGCAGCUUCUUUUCGACAGCUUGCAUGAGCAUGACCCAUCUCUGACCGCUGCGACUCAGCGCGCUGCGUCUUAUCCACGCCCCAUUGCUAUGAACCCGAAUACCCAGGCGAAGGGCUUUGUCAAUGAGUUUGGCAACUCAACCAAGCCCAUGAAACCCAAGGUGCGCGGCCGAUUCACUGCCGAGCGACGCCGUGAAGUUCAGGAUGUGCGGAAGAAGGGUGCCUGUCUUCGUUGCCGAAUGCUGAAGAAGCCUUGUUCUGGCGAUACCCCUUGCACCACUUGCGCUAGCGUGGAGAGCGCUCGCCUGUGGAAGCAUCCCUGCUUGCGCACUCGCCUUUCCGACGAGUUUGAACUUUAUAAUGCCAACUUGAAUUCAACACUUGCCUACCAUGACACCAACAGCAUCAAGAACCAGGUCAAGUUCGAGCACUACUCGGGCCGAAUCGAGGUCACCCACUUUGAAGAGAGUAACUCCUUCAUGACCUUUAGUGGACUGCAGGGCCACCGUGCUUCGGUGUCUGCUCUCGAUCCCCAGCUACAGGGUCUUGGUGAUGAUCAGUUCUCUAGCCCCGCUCAAGAGGUUUACCUCCUGGAUGCCGAUGCCGAUGAUAUUCCCAGCAAGCUUGAGCUGUACAUCAAGAAGAACGCACACCUUUUCUAUGAGCGAGAGACUUCGAAUUUCAUGAAGUCUACCCUGAUGCUCGCUGCCGAGAUUAACCAACAGAAGAAGGCAAGUUACUUGAUAUUCGAUCGUGUGCUUGAGCUUUGGGUUGCUACUCACAUCCUUGUCGACACUGAACUUACCUGGAAGACUUACUACAACCCCACUCUCCCUCCCAACUCAUUACACUCUCUUUCCCAGCCUUCGGACGAGGGCCGUCUGCCGAUCGAGGAAGUUUCCGAUCCCGAGUCGUACGGUCUUCUCUGCAGCCAGCUGCGUUCCGCCAUGGAGAAGCGUGCCAUGGCCUUGAGCAAGUUCGUCAUCAACGAUCUCGAGCGUCGCCUUCUUCAGCGCCAGAAGUGCGGCUGGUUCGAUACCUUUAUUACUGCUAUUAUCCUUCUGAACUGCGUGGAGCGCACCUGCUGGCUCUUCCGCUCAUGGGACAACGAGAACUUUUCUGGCCGCUGGCCUCUGGACAAGCGUCCUCCCUACUACUUCAACCAGUCCGACCGCUUCUCCGACAUCCUGGAGAUGCUUCUGCGCAUGCGCCACAUCCCUCCCAAGGCUACUUUCCGUCCCGAAAACGGCAUUCUCAAGGCCGUGGACGGCAGCGACGAGUGGGCUGUCCGUUGGUUUGACAUGAUCCAACUUACUCCAUACUACAUCGAAGAGCGCAAGAACGCCGUCUUCGACCCAUCCGACUCGCGCUCCCUGGAUUGCCACCACAGUGCCAACCUCCUCGAGCCCAACAACGCUACUUGA